AUGAUUCACAUGAUUGAAGAUCAAAAACCUAAUGGUUUCAUGAUGACUCGUGUGCCAAUGAAACGACGUAAUUCACCUUCUUUGGACUUUACUUCUUUCAUUUCAAUUGAUGACUGCACGGUAUGGUUGCAGCACUUGAUGCAAUGUAGAUGGGAAAAAACGAUUUUCUGUAUGGCUUUUGCAAAUUAUCCGAGACCAAACUAA